GGCUUGAUAUAUAUAGGGACCCGUUAACCAAAUCUUCUUAAUUAUUUUCCUUCAUUUCCCAAACACAACACAGAGGUCAAGAAGAAUCAACCCCCAGAGAUUUACAGACACGAGAAGCAGAAGACGACGAAGAAGAAAAGGAGUUCGAGAGACGAAGCAAGCGGUGUAAAAAUUACGCUCCAAAUGCAAGGAGAAAGUUCCGAACUUUCGGCAUGUCCCAGCUUUAACAGCUACUCUUCGGAUAGACUGGCAGCCAUAGCAGCUGAAGUAACCCGCGAGUUUGACGGUGUUGGGGACCGGCAGCGACAACUUGGUGAUGAUUAUCGGGGCGAAGAACCAGAGGACAACGAUGACGACUUCGAAUUCGUUUCGGUUCGUAGGGCCGACGAUGUGGCCGUCAUCGACGGCCACGUCGGUCCGGUUUUCCCUAUAUUCAAUCGCGACCUCUUCGCGGAGAAGAGUAAACAGAAAAUCAAUGAAACGUGCGAUCCAGAGGAGGCAGAGGGUCACGAUGUGCUGUCCGUCCGGGUUCCGCUAAAGCAGCUGUUCGUAGAGGAACGCGAUCAAACGUCGUCGACGUUUUCGACGUCUUCGGAGGAAGAGGUGGAGGACGGGCUGGAUGGGGUCCCUCCAGGAACGUACUGUAUUUGGACUCCGAAUAGUAGUAACAACAGCUCGGCCAAAGCCUCCCCCAGCAAAUGCAAGAAAAGCAGUUCCACCGGAACUGGACCCGCGUCGGCAUCAAAACGGUGGAGGCUCUCGAGUUUUCUUCGCAGAUGCAACAGCGAAGGCAAGGAAUCGUUGGUAUUCUUGACGCCGAAGAAGGAAGCUGAGAUCAGAGCCGAGAAGGCCGCCGAACUGGAUUAUUCGAAGCUGGAAAAGAAGGUCCUGAAGAAGGCCGUGUCGAAGGAAACCAUGUCGUCGGCGCACGAAGCUUUCUAUGUGAGGAACAGGGCGAUGAGGGAGGGGGACAAGAGGCGGACAUACUUGCCAUACAGGCAAGACUUGGUUGGUUUCUGGACUAGCGUGGGUGCGUUAGGCAAGACCUUCCCUCCUUUCUGAUGAGGUUUUCCAGAUUCCAGCUCUCGAAUUUUGUUUGACCUACUUUUUUUUUCAUUAAUUUAUUGUUUAAUUAGCUUAUAAUUUGUUUUCUCUUUUAAAUAAAUAUGGAUUGUG